UCAAGAAGAGAUUUUUAGAACUCAAACUAAAACGCUCAUGAUGUCUAAUUGACGGCAAGAUAACAUUGAAUCACUUUUAUAAACGUUAGGGAUACAAAUAGGACGAUUUAAACGUUAGGGACACAAAUAGAAUUUACCCCAAACAUUGGGAACAAAAACGAUACUUUACUCGAUCCAUAUUUAUUUAGAAUGCAAUAAUCAAAUGUCAAUUGAAGUCACUAUAUACAAACAUUUCCCUUCUUAAAAAUAUCAUCAAACCAUAACACAUGCUCCUUGUUCUCCAGAAUUGUUUGGCAGAGGAUGUAUUAAACAAAAUGUCACAACAAUCAUGCAUUUCCACUUUUGAAACCUCUCUUAGUUUACAAACCUGCCAUCAAUUUUCUUUUGUUCAAAUCAUACCUGCAAUGCAACCAUUUCAAUUGGUAAUAGAGUAAUGACUUCAAGCUUAUACAUAUACAUAUUAGACAAAAUCCUUGUUUACUAUAUAUAUUGUUAACAUGUCUUAGAAAGUUGUAUCUACAACUUGCCAAAAGCCAUUUCAAUUAACUGAAGGUGGAAUGACACUUGUCAUUGAAACUUCGAUUCUUUUGUUACUAACCUUCUCAACCUGGUGUUUCUCAAUAUCUAUCAGCACCAAUUCUUCAACAACCACAUCCUUGGCUAAAUUACCAAAUGCUACAACUGCAAAACCUAAAAGAUUGGUCACCAAACUCAUUCAUCAAAGAUCUGUUCACCAUCCACACUACAACCAAAGUGAAACAGCCAAAGAAAGGAUCGAACUCGACAUCCAGCAUUCCAUUGCACGUGUCAUGUAUUUGCAUGCGAGGAUUGAAGGAACUAUGGCCACCAGCGACCAUAGGACUCAACUUUCUCCCUCCUCGUCUGGUAGAACGAUAAUGGCAAAUAUCUCGGUAGGCCAACCUCCCACCCCACAGCUAGUUGUGAUGGACACUGCCAGCGAAAUCUUCUGGAUUAUGUGCAACCCUUGCACGAAUUGUGAUCAACAUUUGGGUCAACUUUUUGGCCCUUCAAAGUCUUCCACCUACACCCAAUUAUGCAGGACACCUUGCGGCUUUCGAGGCUGCAAUUGCCACCCCUUGGAUAGGUCACCGUUCAGUAUCACUUAUGCAGACAAUUCGUCUGCAUCAGGAACCCUUGACUAUGAAACGCUAGUCUUUGAGACAUCUGACGAAGGUUCCAUUCAAAUACCAAACAUAGAAAUUCGGGUGUGGCCGCGCCACUGUGUACAAUAAUGAUCCAGGGUAUAAUGGAAUACUAGGACUAAACGAUGCACCUAUGUCUUUGGCAUCACAAAUAGGCCAUAA